GAAAGGGAAAUACACCAGAUAACAUUUGGACAUGGCUGGAGAAACCAAGGGAGAGAGAAAGCUGAAGCGACUGGAAGAGGCAAUGCGAUGUCCGCAAUGCCAGAAGCAGUUCCAAGACCCUCGAUACUUGUCCUGCGGACACUCCUUCUGCCGUAAGUGCAUCUCCGAGCUGGUAGUUUUGAAGACGGUGUCCUGUUCGUUAUGUGAGAAGCCCUCGCACGUUCCACAUGGAGAUACGGGCAACCUGAUGAAGAAUCUAACACUGGCCGGUUUGAUAGACUCCUACAAAAACCCUUAUACCGAGCCUUCGAUCAAGUGCUCUGGGUGCAAGGUAUACGAAUCGAGGGAAGCCGUGGACCAUUGUUACACCUGCCACAAGUCAAUUUGUUCCCUGUGUUCGCAGUCCCACUUCAAUUUCCGUCACAAGGUGGUUCCCAUUGCAGAUUACGAGAUGGAAAGCAUGGAAGCAAGAGACAAGAUGACAGAGUCACUCAUCGGUAGAAUAGCCAUUAAGAAAAAUGCACUCGAGCAGAGAAAGGGGCUGGUGUCGACGCAGAUGAAGCGGGUUGAAUCUUCGGCAUGCAACCUUAUCGAAGAUAUUCGAAAGACCUUUAACGAACAUUUCAAGCGUCUUCAAGAGGUGAGAGAUGCUCUUCUUGAAGAGACGAGAGAUCGCGAGGAGUUUUUGUUGAACAAGCUGCAUACGGUGGAAGACUACGUGCAGACCUACCAGGAAUCGCUCUCAAAGAUCAGCGCCAACUUAAUGAUGAACAACAACAAGAUCCUGCGUGGAGGAGCAUUAACGAACCACAUCACCCUUUGCCAAGAACUUGAAGGGCUCCUCCAGGACGACAUUGAUGUGGGUAUACUGAAGGAGACGUCAGCGUAUUCAGAGAGUUUCAGCUUCCACGCCAAUGAACCAUCAAGUAUGGGCACGACGGAACGGGCACAUCCGGGAGAGUGGAAACUUGGAUACGACAUGGUCGCACCAAACAUCGGAUCAGUACGCAGUUUGUGUGCCACACCAGAUGGAAAGUUAGCAGUCGGUUAUGCCAAAAAUAAGGGAGGUAUGAGUCUGUUCAACCCGUAUGGAAGAUGGGAACAUAUCGUGUCUCUAGACGGCAUCAUGGUGAGAAGCGUGGCGUUUCUUACUGACGGCCGUUGCGUCAUUCUGGAUACGGAUAACAACUUAUCCAUGUACAGUAUUUCGAUGGAGAAGCAAAGCUUUGAAUUCGAAACUCUUGACAAUUCUAAAGGAGGAACGGGGCAGCUCUGUGUUGACGAACAGCAUUCUAUCUUUGUAGCAUACAAAGCAGCCAAGAAGAUUCAGAUCUUUUCACCGAAUGGCGGAGCUGCUCGGAAAGAGAUCACCUUUGGUGGCAUAGAUCCCCUUGACAUUCGCGUGUCCCCAGGUGGUGCGUUGUUCUUGGUGUCUUGGAGGAAGUUGUUCAUGCUUAAUCUUAAAGGUGAAAUCACUGGCCAGCUCAUGAACAACUCUUCUGAUGAACUCAUGGUUGCUGAUGUCUGCAGAGACAACACCUUGCUAGUUGGGUACGUCUCCCAGCGCACGGAAUGCGACGGAGUGGACCGACUGACUAUUCGUAGAUACGACGGUACAACAGCCUUCAACCUCAAGGAAACACUCGUCAAUGAACAUCCCAUCGCAAUAUCGAAGGUUCCUUUCUAUUCUAUAAGGGAACUGACGACUGGUGAGAUAUGCUUCAGCACAAAAGACAGGGUUUAUUUCUUCAAGGCAGCGAUAGAUAAGAUCAAUGACGUCGGGUUUGAUGAUUACGACAUUUGUUCUACGAGACCUUGAACCAAUGGCCUGACUUGUCUUGACCUCAUCAGAGAAAUUGAUAAGUCAGAAAAAACCUUCUAUACAAUAUUAAUCUGCUGUGAGUGUUCUACUAAACCCCUCAAAAAAGUUUCGAAAUCUGAGUUUGGCCUAUUAAUUUCUCCUAACUCUCAAUUUAAUACAAUGCAUAUUUGAAAUCAUUCAAAAGAUAAUUUAAUUCUCUUUAAAAUGAUACCUUGCGUGUUGUGAUCAUGCCAUUACGAAAAGAGCAUGAUUCAAAAGUGUUGGAUGAGGUCUGAAUUGAAAAGCAGCAAAACGAGCAGAAAUAGUCAUGAAGUGUCAAUACAGA